GUACACCUUUACCAUUGUAAGCUAUUUGAUUGGAGUUUUUAUAUUUGCUACAAUUGUAGGUCAAGUUGGCAAUGUUAUCACAAACAGAAACGCUAAUCGAUUGGAAUUUGAACGUCUGUUGGACGGAGCCAAACUGUACAUGCGACACCACAAGGUGCCUCACGGAAUGCAGAGACGAGUUCAGAGAUGGUAUGAUUAUUCCUGGUCAAGAGGGCGCAUGCAAGGCGGGGGAGACAUCAAUUCAGCACUUGGCCUCCUACCUGACAAACUCAAAACCGAAUUGGCCUUACACGUGAAUUUAAAAACACUCAAAAAGGUUUGUAUUUAAACUUCUGA